UUACCAAGCGACGUUUCUGAGGUGCUUCGAGAUGCGUCUGCUCGUUCAACCCAACAUGAGAGGCGCCAGCAUCGGAAUGGCUUCUUCCCCUCAUGCCUCAGAGCACCGUCGCCUCCUCCCUCCGUUAGAGGCUCCCCUGAGCGGCCGCCGUCGGGAGAGCACUCAAGUGUUCGCGCGUCUGAGCUCGGGCCACUGUUCGCCGAGCGCCUAUCACCGGUCGUGCGUGCCCGUCGAGACACCGGUCGGGACGACUGUCACACGGAGGCAUCACCGCUAUGGACCGGCCCAGAACACGCUCCCACUGCCGCGCAUAAUACUGCCAGUCGGGGACCGGAAGUCUCGGAGUCCUAGCCCACUUCCAAGUGGGCGCAUCAUGAGAAGUUGCUCGCAGAGCUGCAUUCAAGACUCAAAAAUGACGGAAGAACAGGUGACGUCAUACCUGCUCCAGAACGAGCGGUUUUUGGAGGACUUCGUCAUGAACCACUGCGAGUUGGAAACCCUGGAGCGGUGGGUCAUUCGAUACACUCAGAGACUCAGCAAGAAGGCAGCCCAGGCAGGAGGGCGGGCACCUCCACGGAAGACGAGUCUUUCGAGGUGGAAAUUCUGCGUCCACGCCGAUAAGCGCAAGAUGCUUCAGGAAUUGACAAGCAGCCUUUAUCUGAAGCCCAGCAAGGUUCACGUCCUCUCGGAGUUGGCCGCAACCAUAGCGUCAGCGGUUAACGCGGACAGCUGGAAUCUCUUCCUCUUCGACAGGAACACGCAGGAACUUCACAGCUUCAAAUGCGAUGACGGAAAAUGCCAUAUACCGUGGCCAUCUGAUGUGGAUACCUUCUCCACUAGAUGCGGAGACGGCAUCGUGCAGACGAAUCCCGUUUCCAAAACGAGUCUGGCGACACUGGUAGCUCGGAUGAGAGAGCCCGUCAGAAUAUGCAAUGGGGAAGACGAUGCCAGAUUUGCUGGGUUGGUAGAUAUGAGCGAACCCAACGCAGCGUACAUUUUGGCUCAUCCCAUUGUACAACCUGAUGGAGAGCUCACGGGUGUCCUAGAGCUCUAUCGGAAGGCUGAUUCUCCUCGUUUUUACGAUGAAGACGAAGAGAUCGUGAAUAGCUACCUCGUAUGGGGAGGAAUAGCGUUACACUAUGCAGAAAUGUACUCAACAAUGGCACGACAGAGAAAGCUGCACAGUUUCCUCUUAGCGGUAGUUAGGUCAAUAUUCCAAGAUAUGGUCAGUAUGGACUCUGUGAUUGUGAAGAUUAUGACGUUCGCGCAAAAGUUGGUGAGCGCGGAUCGGGCCUCGCUAUUUCUGGUGGACAACCGCACCAAAGAGCUGUACGCACGGAUCUUCGACGUCAGCGGGGACCCCGACAAUGGCGGAACGCAUGAAGUCGCCAAGGAAAUCAGAAACUUGCAGAUGUGUGCUGUCCCCAGGUUUCCCAUCGGCACCGGGAUCGCUGGCCACGUCGCCCUCACGGGGGAGAGUCUCAACAUCCCGAACGCCUACGACGACGAUCGCUUCAACAGAGCUGUGGACCAGCAGACAGGCUACACAACCAAGAGCUUACUUUGCAUGCCUAUCUUCAUCCGUGGAAGUGUCAUCGGCGUGGUGCAGAUGGUGAACAAGACGACUGGGACGUUCAACCGCAACGACGAAGAAGCGUUCACCACAUUCGCCACUUACUGUGGCCUGGCCUUGCACCAUGCCAAGCUGUACGACAAGAUCCGUCGCUCGGAGCAGAAAUACAAGGUGGCCCUGGAAGUGCUAUCCUACCACGCGACAUGCACCGACGAAGAGGUGAUGCGUAUAGAGGCUGCCCCACCUCUGCCCCAUCCCGGGGAGGAACUGCGACACUUCUCUUACUCCACCUACUCCCUCAUGUCGGACGAGAAGGUUGUCGCCACCAUCUUUAUGUUCAAGGACCUCUUCCAGUCGGACAUGUUCGAGGAGUCUUCACUGAUCAGGUUCACACUGACUGUUCGAAAGAACUACCGGAGGGUUCCUUACCACAACUGGGCCCACGGCUUUUGCGUCGCUAAUGCUGCCUAUGCCAUCCUCAAGCACUCUCCAGGCACAUUCAAACCCCUCGAGGAACUAGCGCUCUUUGUGUCUUGUCUGUGCCAUGACCUUGACCACAGAGGGAAAACAAAUCAGUUUUUGAUCAAUUCUGCAUCUCCACUGGCAAGCAUCUACACUACGUCUACCCUCGAACACCACCACUUCAAUCAAACGGUACAAAUACUGCAGCAAUCGGGUCACAACAUUCUCAAGAAUCUCUCUUCGGAGGAUUACAAACAGGUGCUCAGCUUAAUCAAGCACUGCAUCUUGGCCACGGACUUGGCGCUUUAUUUUCCAAACAAAGCAAAGCUGAAGAGGUUGGUCGACGAAGGGGCGUACGAUCCUGGAAACGUUGAACACAGGCAGUUGCUGCAGGCGAUAGCCAUGACAUCUUGUGAUCUGUGUGCAAGUACGAAACCAUGGGAGCAGCAGAGAGAGACAGUUAGGGUGAUCUUUGAAGAGUUCUAUGAGCAAGGCGACGUUGAAAAAGCAGAAGGACGCCAGCCGAUCCCCAUGAUGGACAGGUCAAAAGCUCAAGAACUGCCAGCAUCACAGGUGGGAUUCCUGAAAAACAUCUGCAUACCUUGCUACGAACUGCUGGCUAUGGUUGUUCCAGGCACUGACGACAUGAAGAAAGGCUGUCUAGACAACCUCAAGUUGUGGGAAGAACUUGCUGCAAUCGAGGACUCCAAACUCGAGAAAGGUGACGACACCUAACGUCUUCCACAGUCCACCUCCUGCAGGGACCUCAACCGAGUGUACACUUGCGUGCAAAACUGCCUACAAUCAUCCCAGUGGUGUGCCCUCAGCGAUGACCCUGAGGUUGCACAAACACCCUCCCACCUGUGCCUCGCAAUCCCACGUGAUUUCAGGUGUCGUGUGCCAACAAACUGAAAGCACCGGCAGGCCCUGUACAGAUAUUUCCCGAGGACAAUUUUCUUUCUUUCUUUUUUUUUUUGUCAUGAUUUGGUCUAGGAAUUAUCUAAUUAUUCGCGGAAGCUGUAAAAGUGCUUAAUCGUCGUUUGAAAUAUGAAACGGCUAGGUUUCUGUUUUACAUAAGUUACCCGAGUUUUUAUAUGUAGUAUAUUUCAGCAUGCAAAAGCAUGCCCGCUCGAAAUAGCAGUUUUAAGGCAUUGCAACGUGUCUUCAUAGUAAUUGCGUCGGUCAAAACUACGCUUUUUCAACGUCAAUGCCAUCGAGUAUAUUUUUCAAUAGUUUAGAGUCUAAAGCAGUGUUUCCUUGAACGCAUUCUCGAGUAACGUUAAAUCAGUUAUAAGAUUACCUGCUAUGUCAUGCCUGCAUUGCAAGUUAUUCUGUACAUAUGAAGUAAUAUUCAAAUUAUUUGUCUAUUUCAAAGCAAGUCAAAGAAUAUGCACAAAAACUCAAGCCCUAAAUUCCAGGACUUGAAGGCUGCGAAAGAUACAAUCUGUACAUUACACGCAUGAAAGGAAGUAAUGCCUUGGAAGAUGGUGCACAUCUAAAUGUACCACAACAAGUUUUACCACGAAAUUUGCUCAUUUUUCAGGCAUAAUUGGAUGUUUAUACUGACACUAACUGUACACUCUGGCCUGAGUCAUUGUACAUCUACCGAGCACGUUUUGAGGUCUCACAAUGUUUCUCACCAUUUUUGCCUUGCUAGCUAUCUUCCUGUUUCCCCCAGGUGUUUUUGAAACGUUGUUGCACUGUUUCACUUUUUAUCAUCUCCACGUUGGACUUUAGCACCGUUUACGAUGAGUUACUCUAGGCAACAUUAUUGGUGUCAUCUAUUUAUCAUGAAUCAUCAUCACUCUUCCCACGUUGACGUUUUUCUGAGAUAUCCUACUUACACUAGCACAUUACCUGUAUGGCUAGAUUAUGAGAGGUUUGUUGAAAAGAAAACACUGUUGAGAACAAAGGCAUUUAAUGUCAUCACAAAAUGCGUUCCUCGAGCAGCAGUGUGCUGGCAAAGCCAUCAUACCACUAACAUUACUGCUGUGAUCUGAACUGCUGUUUCGAACGAGAGGAAACAAGCUAUUUUCCUUAUACUGUUAACGUACGGUAGGCAUUAUGUAGUGCCUAUCAUGUCCAAUAAAAAAUAAGUCUAACAUGUUGAAUCAGGCAUUAGGCCGUUGCCUUUUUUUGAUACAAUAAAUGAUAUCGUUUCAUACGAUA